GUUAUCUCAACAGUCUGUGGUUCAAGCUCAAUCAGUGAUGAUCCAUCAUAAAAGGAGCAUUGGUGAUCUAUCUGUACAAUAUGUCAUUUUUAUUUUGGGAUAGAGCUGUCGAUGCGGAAACUACACCGACGGGAUACUAAUUUGAUAGUAUUGAAAGAUGUCGCAGUGAUUGAAUGAUUCUGAAAACAGUAUUUCAUACCUAUAUUUUAAAAUCUGAAUUGUGAUUGGAAAAAGUGAUGGAAGAAUGAACAACUUCUGUGUCUGAAAUAUGCAAGGGGAAAAUGAUCAUUGAAGUGUGACACCCAGAAUAAUUCCAUGAAAAAAUAAAACACCGACCGAAGGAUCAGCUUCGCCGGUUGGAAAAUUUUACCGACAGAGAACUUCAAUCCUUAUUGGUGAUGAAAUAAACAUUUUUAUCGGCAAGCAGAUACACGGAUAAGUAUCCCUUUUUGCGAGGGAUCAGUGGGUGGCUCACAAUCAGCAAAUAGGACGAAAAGCGUGCAACGAGAACGGAGCCAUCACAUCAUCGACGAGCUGUAGGUACCUACGGUUCUUUCUCGACAGAAGAGCAUUAUUGGUGAAGCGAGAAUGGACGACAUUAAGGCAGCUCUGGCAGAUGCUGAUCCAUUUAGCAGCUGGUGGCCGUUCGUCAUUUCCGGCAUCGUGUUUCUGAUCAGCACAAUCAGGAUGUACAUGGGCGGUCAGGUUUGUCCCAACACGAAUUUGGUCCGAGACCAGGUGAUUAUCGUAACCGGAGCCAGCGGCGGCAUCGGGAAGGAACUUUGCAAAGAGUUGGUACGCCGGUCGGCCCACGUCAUCAUGGCAUGCCGGGAUCUGGAGAAAGGCGACCAAGCACGCCAAUCAAUCAUCCGUGAAAUUCCGGGUGCCUCGUUGGAGCUGGUCUCGCUGGAUUUACGGUCGUUCGACUGUGUGCGACGGUUCGUGCGAGAGGUUGAAUCGCAGCACGGACAGGUUGACGUGCUUAUCAACAACGCCGGCAUCAUAUUUCAUCCCGAAGGGAGCACCACCGAUGGAUUCGAAUUGCAUUUGCAGUGUAAUUAUUUAGGACACUUUUUGCUAACUCAGUUGCUGUUGCCACUGCUCGAGAGGGCUCCGCAAGGACGGGUAAUUAAUGUGUCCGCCCAUGGAUACACGGCUGGCAAGAUGAACAUCGAGGAUCCGUUGAACAUUGGCAGCUGGGCGCCCGGAUUCCACUCGAGAGAUGCAUUCUCGCACUCGAAACUGGCGAUUGUGUUGGCCACCCGUGCCCUGGCCGGACGACUGAGAAAGGCUAAAUCAAAAAUAACGGUUAAUGCGUGCAGCCCAGGUCUGGUACGGAGUACCGACCACCUACGACAUUCGCCAAUCAUGAGGGCGUUGUUUGCCCGAGCCAUUACUUACCCGUGGAUGUGGUUGUUCAUGAAGAGUCCCUAUCAGGGAGCCCAAACAAUGGUACGGUUGGCAACGGAUCCAGAACUGAGCAAAACCUCGGGGGAAUUUUUCAACGAUUGCGUUCAAAUCGACGUUUCCGAAAUGGCCAAGGAUGAUUUGCUGGUGGAGAAAUUGUACAAAGAGAGCUUGAGAGCGCUGAAGUUGGAGUGAUGGGUUUCUUUUGUUCUAUUAGCAGAAAAGAGUCCUGUUUACUAGAGUAAGCUUUUAUAAGAAUUUAAUUUACGACAAAAUAAAUCAUCGUUUCGAAUCAACAAUGCCCCAAUCGCCAGAAGGGUCUGACCGGUCAAAAAGCGGUGACAGAGCAAA